AUGGGCCCUUUAAGCCGACCUGCCAUCGUUCCGUCCCUCUUUGCCAGGCACCAGGAGGUGCAUGCCUCCGAGUUCUUCCAGGUCACAGAAGAAGGAGUCCGCCGCUGGCGGAUGGACCCGCUGUCACUCAUGGAGGACCGGGCGCAGCAUCUCUCCGCCGCUUGGAAUGACACCAAGUCAGCUUGGCCAGCCUUAAUUAUGGCCAUCAUCGCCAAGAGUAGGGCUUCCUUUCUGUUGGACAUUGUGUCAGACUUGGUGGUGGCACAGCAGCUAUGGGAGUUCCACCAGGAGCUGGCAAUCACCACCUGUUUGAUUGUCGCGCUACCCUACCUGAUGCUUCCGGCCAUACUGGGGCCAUCAGGUUUGCAGCGCCUUCUAUGUGCACUGCACCCCAGUUUGAAGACGAUGCUUCAGAGCUUGGGGCAUCGACCAGUACUGGAAGGCAUCGUUUUUGCCGCCCUCGCGGUGCCCGGCUUCCUGCUGGUGGAUGUGAGCUUCGUGCUGCAGCACCUGAUCUCGGAACCCGCGACACCCGCCCUCUUCCACUACUGGACUCUACGGUCCCUGGUGGAAGUGGCCUGGGAGUCCAACCUCCAGGUGGCCUUGCAAAGCUACAUCUGGAUCCGACAAGAGAAUCUCUUUGGAGUGAUGGCCCCUUUCUCAGAUGACUCAGAUGCGUCAGUGAACAUCGUCUUUCUGGGAGUGAGCAUCGCCUCGAGUGCCCUUGCCACGCUUGAAGGCUUGUCGAAGUUGUCGACUUUCGCAGCUUUGCAGACUGGCAGCAGCCGGUGGCGCUUCGUGCAAGCUAUGCUGCGAGGAGGACAAGGCCUGGCGCCGUCCAACUUGUUGAAUGACAUGCUGCGACAGAAGAGGGUGGAGGUGGCAGAGGACCUGACGUCACUGUCAAGGUAUGGAUGGGAUUCGCUCUGCAGGGCCGCAGGCCAAUCCAAAGUUCUCCGGAGUCUGACCUUCGACGGGCGCUUUCUGCAGAAGUUUGUGGACAGCACAGACUUCAUUGGAGCAAGGAACAGCUUGGGUGUCAUCUUCCAGAAUCAGAAGCUGCAAGAGCUCCACAUCGCCAACCUGCCGCACCAGUACCAGCAGCACGUGGACAAGUCCACUGCAGCGCACCUGGCCCUGGAGCGCAGCGAGUUGCGCCGAAGACUGGCUGCCGACCCCGUCUUCGCGGCGGCGGUGCAGGGCGACGUGGAGCCGCUGCGCCUCCCGACGAGGCCCGGGCUCCUGCAGGACCUGGCGCGCUGCGGCCAGGCCCGGGCCCUGCAAGUGUUGCUCACGGAGGCCAAGCACAGCACCGAGGAAACCGCCCGUGCACUUUGGUUCGCAGGAGAAGAGGGCCACGGGGCCGCCGUAGAGCUGCUGCUCCGGGCCAAGGCCGAUCCAAAGCAGGUGAACCCGCGAAACGGUGCCUUCCCGCUGCUCAUGGCGGCCAAUUACGGGCACACCGAGCCCGUGAGGCUGCUGCUGGAGGCCAAGGCCGAUCCAAAGCAGGUGAACCCGCAAAAGGGAACCUUCCCGUUGCUCGUGGCGGCCGGGAAGGGGCACACCGAGCCCGUGAGGCUGCUGCUGGAGGCCAAGGCGGCCCCGGAGCAGCGACAUCCACAGUUCGUCACCCCUUUGGAGCUCGCAUCCGGCGAAGGUUUCACUGAAGUCGUGGAAGCUCUCAGGCGCGGCUCCGGCUGA